AUGGAUGAGGAGAAGCUCCCAUCUGCACUGCCUGGGGAAGGUGCUGUCAUCUGGGACCCCAGCCUGGAUCCUGAAGCCACCGGAUCUUUUGAGGAGGAGCCCAGGGUCCAGAAUGGCUUGGCAGCUGAUGAGGGCCCGAACAGCAGCCACAACAGCCAUGACAGCCCAAAGCAUGAGAUGAGAAGUAUCCUGGUGGACACUGAGGAGCCCACAAAGGGCCUGGACAGGGCCCUCCACGGCCUCAGCCUUGGCCUCUCCCUCACCAAUGGCCUGGCCCUGGGCUCAGACUUGAACAUUCUGCAAGAUUCAGUGGAUUCCAGGCCCUGGAGGGCUGGUGGGCUGGCAGAGGGGGACAGUGCUUCCAGUAGUCUCUGUCCAGACACUGAGGACACUCGGCUAGGGCUGGGUGACCCCGGGGAGCCUGAUGUGCGAGAUGGUUUCAGCGCCACGUUUGAGAAGAUUGUGGAGUCGGAACUGCUGCGGGGCACCCAGUACAGCAGCCUCGACUCCCUGGAUGUGCUGAGCCUCACGGACGAGAGUGACAGCUGUGUCAGCUUUGAGGCCCCCCUCACACCCCUCAUCCAGCAGCGGGCCCGUGAUAGCCCGGAGCCAGGGGCUGAGCUGGGCAUUGGGGACAUGGGGUCUGAGGGGGACAUGGGGGCAGCUGGCGGUGACAGGGAGCUGGGCAGCCGCCUGCGCUGCUCCAUCUCCAGCAGCCGCUCUGAGAACGUCCUGAGCCACCUGUCUCUCCCAGCCGUGCCCAAUGGCUUCCACAAGGAUGGGCCUCAGGGCCCAGGCGGGGACGAGGAUGAUGAGGAGGACACAGACAAGUUGCUGAACUCAGCCAGUGACCCCAGCCUGAAGGACGGCCUGUCGGACUCAGACUCAGAGCUGAGCAGCUCAGAGGGGCUGGAGCCGGGUAGCACAGACCCACUGGUCAAUGGGUGCCAGGGGGUCAGUGAAGCUGCUCGCCGGCUGGCACGCCGCCUCUACCACCUCGAGGGCUUCCAGCGCUGCGACGUGGCCCGGCAGCUGGGCAAGAACAACGAGUUCAGCAGGCUGGUGGCCGGAGAGUACCUCAGUUUCUUCGACUUUUCAGGCCUGACUCUGGACCGAGCACUCAGGGUCUUUCUGAAGGCCUUUCCACUGAUGGGGGAGACGCAGGAGCGCGAGCGGGUCCUGACACACUUCUCCCGCCGGUACUGCCAGUGCAAUCCCGAGGACAGCACCUCAGAAGAUGGGAUCCACACGCUCACCUGUGCCCUGAUGCUGCUCAACACGGACCUGCAUGGACAUAAUAUUGGCAAGAAGAUGUCCUGCCAGCAAUUCAUCGCCAACUUGGACCGUCUGAAUGAUGGCCAAGACUUUGCCAAAGACCUGCUGAAGACCCUUUACAACUCCAUCAAGAAUGAAAAGCUGGAAUGGGCCAUUGAUGAGGACGAGCUGAGGAAAUCACUGUCUGAGCUGGUGGAUGACAAGUUUGGGACAGGCACAAAGAAGGUGACAAGGAUCCUGGAUGGUGGCAACCCCUUUCUGGAUGUCCCGCAGGCUCUCAGUGCCACUACCUACAAGCACGGUGUGCUGACCCGGAAGACUCACGCUGACAUGGAUGGCAAGAGGACACCCCGAGGGAGGCGUGGCUGGAAGAAAUUCUACGCGGUGCUCAAAGGGACCAUCCUGUACCUGCAGAAGGAUGAGUACAGGCCUGACAAGGCCCUGUCAGAGGGCGACUUGAAGAACGCCAUCCGUGUGCAUCAUGCUCUGGCCACCAGGGCCUCUGACUACAGCAAGAAGUCCAACGUGCUCAAGCUGAAGACAGCCGACUGGAGGGUCUUUCUCUUCCAGGCACCAAGCAAGGAAGAAAUGCUGUCCUGGAUCCUUAGGAUCAACCUGGUGGCUGCCAUCUUUUCGGCCCCCGCCUUCCCAGCUGCUGUCAGCUCCAUGAAGAAAUUCUGUCGGCCCCUGCUACCCUCCUGCACCACUCGCCUCUGCCAGGAGGAGCAGCUGCGGUCUCAUGAGAAAAAGUUGAGGCAGGUGACUGCAGAGCUGGCUGAGCAUAGGUGUCACCCAGUCGAGCGGGGCGUCAAGUCCAAGGAGGCGGAGGAGUACCGGCUGAAGGAGCACUAUCUCAUGUUUGAGAAAAGCCGUUAUGAGACCUACAUCCACCUCCUGGCCGUGAAAAUCAAAGUGGGCUCAGAUGACUUGGAGCGAAUUGAGGCCCGGCUGUCAUCCCUGGAAGGGGAUGACCCUUCUCUCCGGAAAACACACUCUAGUCCCGCCCUCAGCCAGGGACACGGACCUGUGACUGGCAGCAAAGCCAUGAAGGAUGCCACUGGGCCUGACACUUAG